AUCGCUGCCUGUACCAUGAACUGCACCGCUGUGGGCGGCCACUGUGGACCUCCGCUGUGGUACCAGUUCCCAGUGUGCGCCGAGGCCCCUUUCGGCUUCGUCUUCUACUUCGCGGUCAAGGUGUUCAACCUGGCGGUGGGGACGCCCUGUAACGUCCUGGUCAUGUGGCACAUCAGCAGCAAGAAGAGCGACGCGUCCACCUCCGACGCCUUCAUUUUCAACCUGGCCCUGCUGGACGCCUUCUUCUGCCUCACCACGCCCUUGGACCUGGUGAACCGCAUGUUGCUGGAGGACUCUCACCUUUGGUACUUUCAGAGGUUUGCGUAUGGGAUGAAGGACUUGGCGCCGCUCUUUCUGGUGUGCAUCUGUCUGGACCGUUACAUAGCUGUGGUCUUCCCGGUCCUGUUCACAAGCAUUCGUGACACCAACAUCCGGACUGGGGUUUCUGUGGUGGUCUGGGGUCUCAUCCUGGCUUAUGGGCUAGGCAAGUGCAUCCUGGGACACCCAAAAGUCAAUGGGAUCUUCAGUGGUGUCAUCCUCUUUGCCUUUGCAUUCAUGGUGUUCUGCAACAUCUCGGUGAUCUGGGUCCUCCAUCGCUCUGUUGCAGGAAAGGAAGUCAUGCACCCAGUGAAGAAGAAGGCCUUCAAAAUGGUGCUGAUGGUCUUGGUCAUUAUCAUUGCCACCUACCUACCAUCUGUGGCUCUAAUGCCCUUUGUGUCCUACUACUCAUUCAUGGUGUUCAACUGCCAGAUCAGCAUCAGUGUGUACUCCAUCAUGGACCUGAGCUGCAGCAUCGAGCCUCUGCUCUAUCUCACAAAAAUGGAUCAUGUGGGAGGCAGCUGCUGCUGGCAGCGUCCGUCUAAGGAGCAGCAUGAUGCAAAAGUGUAAUCAGAGAGUAUAAAUUAGCUGAUUUAAAAACUAAUAAAGGUGUAGGAUUUUCACUUAUUACCUAAAAAAUGAUAUAUCUUGUAUACCGAUGUUUUGCAUUCUAUAACUCAGAUCAGCUGCAUGUUAGGGUUAGAGAUAGAUUUAUAUAUAAAUCAAUAACAAGAAAUCAAAUGUAAAUUAAAAAAAAUGUUAAUUAACUCUGUUAAGGAAAAUUAUUUUAAUGUGAUGUUUUCAACUUAGUAAUAGUAAUGUUGGGCAGAUACACACUGCCAAAUAUUAUGGAUUAAAGAUUAAAGUUAAAGUGGAUAUUAUAAA